GCAUCAUGGGAAUAAUAGUAAAAUGGAGGUGCCCGUAUGGCAUGCAUGACUUUAUACAUGUCGACGCUUUAAAACGUGAAUUUCGAUUUGUCUAUAGUUAAUGAACAGCUAUUAAUGCGUCCCUUUGUUUUGUAUUAGAUUUUUAUAAUCAUAUUAGCUUGACGACUACAAGGUCAUAAAGACGUGCAACGCUUCAGGUGAGCCAUGUCUCUGUUGAGAGGGUGGCUGAAGGCUGGGGUGUCUCUUUGCCACUCCACACUACAAACAACCAGACAGAUAGGCACUGGUGUGUGCUGUCCAGUCCGUAUGAAUGCCAUUCCUGAGCUGAAGAAGGUGGACAGGUGGACUGAGAAGAGGAGCAUGUUUGGGGUUUAUGACAACAUAGGAAUUUUAGGUGACUUCAAAGCCCACCCUAAGGAUCUGAUCGUCGGGCCGGUCUGGGUGAAGGGUUUCCGUGGCAAUGAGCUGCAGCGUCUGACGAGGAAGAAGAGGAUGGUAGGAGACAGGAUGAUGACGCAGGACAAACAUGAUAUGGAGAAGAGGAUCCGCUUCCUCUAUCGACACUUCAACCGCUUUGGGAAACAUCGCUGAUCUGAUCUGGGACUGAGCGGUCUGGCUAAACGACUACUGUACUAACAACCUGCCCACUGGACCACAUUCAGACUCUAAAGAGAGAAAUGUGAGCUACUCAGUUAUGCCACUUAGAUUUAUAUCAGCCCCUUAUUUUCACCAUUUGGUAAGAGGAAGCUGAUUGUACAUUUUCUGUUAAGUUGACAGCUGGAAAAUGUUGGAUUCAUUUAGUAUUGUUAGCACUAAAUCAAUACGCACAUCUGUAAAAUACAUGUUUUGAACCACACUAAAAUGUGAUGCUCUAUGGUUGGUUAAUAUUAUCACAUUGGGGACUAAUGUAAGUCAUGUUGUGGGUAUACCAUGUGUUGUGUAAGAUGAUAAUAAACAGAAGCUCAUUACA